UCCAUCACGGCGAUGGUUGGCUGGAGUGGUCCGGUCUUUCUCUCACUUAUUUUUGGUCUUUCUCUCUCACUUCACUUUCAGGUUUUCUCCCACUUGUUAAGAACUCAAGUAGGUUUUUGGCCUUUUGGGGAACAGAAAGAUAUCAUCAGAGAAGCUUCCCUACUCAGAGCAGCAGCAGCCACCAUAACCCAAGCCAAAGCCCUCCCAGAUUGGAUGUCCUGAUGCUUCUCAGAUGUUACUUUGAUCGAGAUGGUGUUUACUUUAUUGAUCUUGGCGAAACUUGUGGUAUUUAUACCCCUUCGUUGGCAUUUACUUCUCGGAGUGGACUAAAUUCUCUCCACUUCUGUGGGAAGCUUAGUAGAAGUAAAUCGGCCAGGAAAGACAUGGACCGAGACACCGGUAACAGAUUGGAAUUACCUCAAGAUGGCUAUGAAUGGAGGAAAUAUGGCCAAAAAUUCAUCAAGAACAUUGGAAAAUUUAGGAGCUACUUCAAGUGCCAAAGGGCCGGAUGCAAUGCGAAGAAAAGAGCUGAAUGGUCAGAGACCGAGCCAGGAGAUUUGCGAGUUGUGUACGAAGGGGUUCACAAUCACAGCUCCUCCUUGCAAGAUCAGUCCGGUUCAUCACAAUCCGGUGCAUCCAGCACGGACGCCAACCAAUAUAACUUAAUCAAUCAAGUGUUUGGAGACAACCCGCCUUCUGAUUACAGGCGUUCUGACGAUUAAAAUCUCAAAUGAAGGUUCAUCUAGUUUUGUUGCAAUGAGGUGGUAUUCUAUAUAAAACCAAAUUCACCUCUUCAUCUCGGAUCGUCCUUUAGGUCCUUUUUCGCUGUAUCCCAGGUAUGUUUAGGUUUUCUGCUGCUAUCUCCUGAUAUGGAACUUGAGUUUGCCUCUUAUCUUUUGCCCUCUUCGGCUCCUCUAUGUCUUGGUACCCGUGAAAAAUGAUAUAAUGCAUGGAAGAUUUCUCUCUUCAGCUACAAAAACACCUCCCCUUUCUAAGACUUCCUGCCCAUCUUUGGCAGAACAUGUAUGUGUAAAGUAAUGCUUUCCCUUGUCUUGUAUAACUUUCCUUAGUUAAAAUAUAAUCUCGUUUGUUUUUUCC